GUGAGUGCUCUGGAGAAACCUCUUAGCUCUGCAGAACGGGACACACAAUUAUUUCGCUGUGCCGCUCGCAGAAUGGGUCUUUUCUUCACCCUGUGAGCUUGUUUUCUGCGCACACAGAGGAACGACAAGGGCAGGAAUUCCAGGUCACCGGGGGGGGGGAGAUCCUCGCCGGGCGCUGCGAGACCUGCCUUCUCGCCGCUGACAGAAUGGGAGCCGCAGUCGCACAGUGAGGCAGGGGCUCCGAGCACAGACGCGCACUCCCUUUGCCUUCGCACAGAGCCGCGCGGCCCGUCGGGCGGGCGGGCGGCGGGGAGGGGAGAGAGGGGGGAACCGAGGGUGCGGGCGCGCUCUCCGGGCCUGGUCCUGCGAAGCGAUGAGGGGAUUAUCCCCAGAGCGCGCCUGCCUGGCGCUGUUGGCCGCCCUGCUGGGCACAUGCCACUUGGCCAAGGCGGGAUGCCUCGGGAAGUGCUGCCCGGGCUCAGACCUCAAGUGCACCAGCACAGACUGGAGGAUGGACAGGGUCUACGGGACCUGCUUCUGUGACGAGCGCUGCAAGAGGACUAAGGACUGCUGCUUCGACUACCCAACCAUGUGCCCAGCCCAGCCGUGUGCGGUGAGCCAGUGGAGCUACUGGAGCGGGUGUGUGCAGCAGUGCAGGCCGGCCUUCCGCGUGCGCAGACGGCACGUCGAGCGGGAGGCCCAGAACAGCGGCGACGCCUGCCCGCCGCUGGAGGAGAGGGCCGGCUGCAUGGAAUACAUGAACCGCCGGGGGGAGCAUUGCGCGCAGACACAGGGUCCUGCUUUGAUAACUACAGUGGACUACGGCAAAGGAAGGCCCAAGCAUGAUCUGUACGGAGAACCAGUGAACCCUGGGUACUGUAUGGAAUUCAAGAUGGAGUCUCUGUCCCCUCACUGCAUGGUGGAGAACCGCCCCCACGCUCGGUGGAUGCAGUACCUGCGCGAGGGAUACACGGUGUGCGUGGCGUGCCAGCCUCCCGCCAUGCGUAACCAGAGCCGCAGCUGCCAGGGAGAUGGUGCAACCUCCGACAGGGAUGCGCUGCUGCAGUGGCAGGCGGUGGGGAACCCGCGCUGCCGGGGGACCUGGAAGAAGGUGCAGAGGCUGGAGCGCUGCUCCUGCCCGCAGGUGCACAGCUUCCUCUUCAUCUGAGACCGGCCAGCCAGCGUGCCAGGCCAGGCACAGCAGACCGUUUACCGCACUCUCUACUGCAACAGAAACAGCCGGGCACCGUCAGCCCACACAAGCAUUCCAGCUCCAGAUCAAACGUGUUCUCACACUGCUCUCCUACUUUACAGCCAUCCCACUGGACACCGCCAGGACAAAUAACAUUUAUAAGAUAAAAAAAAAAAACUAUACAUUUAUACAAAUAAAUAAAUUUGUAUAUCAAUCAUUAAAUUUGUCUUGUGUGCCACCAAUCUGCAUUCUUAGCUGGGGUCGUUGACAAUGCAAUUAUUUUAUUAACUGUGUGUUUAUAAAGCUAACCCUACUUAGGAGUCAUAUUUAAAAUGGCAAGAAGCUCCAUCGUAAUAUUCUGAAGCACUUCCGAGACUGAUCUCAGCUGGCUUGCCAAUCUGAUUUUCAUUGCUUCACCCUGGAUGCUGCCAAACCAAACUGUAUAAAAAUGAAUAGAAAUAAAAUGGCUGAAAAAUGUUGACUCACAGGACCACUGCAUCAGUGUAAGUGAAGUUAGGCUUGCACUGUAACUCUGUUGUGCCUAAAUUUUGGCAAAGGGUCACACUGAAUAGCCUUUUCAUUGUGUACCCUUUGUGGGCUAGUAAACCUUAUUUAUUAAUGGCUACACUGAAAAGGGGGAGAAAACCCCUCCAGCGUAACUUUCUGAAGCAUUUGCAGAGCUCCCUCUGCUGGCUUCUCCAUGUACUACUGCUUUUCCCAACAGUUACCCAAACAACUACAUUUCUGGCAAGCUGAAAAGGAGGACUGCAAAACCUAGGUUUCAUUACCAAUAAAAAUUGA